AUGGCGACCUCGGCGGCGGUCCGGUCGAGCAUGGGGCUGACUUUGAGACUUUCUCGAGUUAUACCGGACUGCAGCACCUGUCCUCUAUACAGGUUAAGGAGCUGUGCUAACAGUGCGGCUAAUUUACAAAUGAGGGGCUCCGUUGAUAGUUUUCGGACGAUAAAUCGACAUUUACAGACGAGUAUAGGUCUUUACCACAGCGAGGAGGGGAGCUCCAAUGCCGAGGACCCAGAGGAUGUGGUCAAUGUGGUGUAUGUAGAUCGGUCGGGCCAGAGGAUCCCAGUAAAGGCCAAAGUGGGUGAUAAUGUCCUGUAUCUGGCUCACAAGCAUGGGAUUGAACUUGAAGGAGCCUGUGAGGCAUCACUAGCCUGCUCGACAUGUCAUGUCUAUGUGAGUUCUGCCCAUUUUGUCAAACUGCCAGAACCUGAAGAGAGGGAGGAUGACAUGCUUGACAUGGCGCCCAUGCUUCAGGAGAACUCUCGACUGGGAUGUCAGAUCAUUCUCACUCCAGAGCUUGACGGCAUUGAACUCACUUUGCCGAAAGUCACCAGGAACUUCUACGUAGACGGUCACGUUCCCAAACCUCACUGAGAAGAGCAACAGAUGGUGAUGAGGGGGAUUGGAGGAAAAAUCCGACUGUGUCGCUGUGAGCUGGACACCAUAUGUGCUGGUUGAUGAGGGGGCGACCAUGAAGAGAUGCACGACCAGGAUACUAAAGUCUGUAGCAACUCCCAAGAUGUCUGAUAACUGACAAAUUCUACAGUUAACCAAUAAUGACAGGACAGGCCUUCAGAUGAGAGUGAACACACAGGAGUCUCACUGAAGGUGAACCCAAUGGUUACUUGCAAAACAAAAAAAAAAUUUAACUGAUCAUGUAUUUAUUUCUGUGGAGUGUUCUCAGGCCAGCUUUAAGACACCAUUCAGUCUUACCAGGCUCAUUCGUUGUUGAAACACAACAAUUUAAGAUGCACUGCAGAGCUGAUUUUUUUUUCACAAAGUCAAUCUUUGUGCUGGUAAAUGGAACAUUCCUUGUUACAGCUCAUAUACGCACAAGGACCAGGAGCUGGUGUUAGUCAUUUUGGCCAGUCCAUCAUUAUCACUCACUUGUCAGAUAUUGUAUGCAUUGCAUUUACUUUUUUUAAUAUACCAUGUUCACUUGUAGAUGUGGUGGCUCAUCAAGAAGUAUCCACUGAUUCUAGUUAGCCAUAAACCUCAGAAAAGUUUUCAGAUUUAUUAUAAAGAAGUGUAUUUGUCUAAUGCUUGAAGGUGAGCUUUUAACAAAUGAGAAUUUAACUUUGCAUACACUAUAAACAUUUCAAAAAAGAUGCAGAUGAACAGUGUUUAAAGCACUUCCUCUCUGGUGACUCUCACAAAGGCUUGAUUAGAUGAUCUGGCUCAGCUGUGCUUUGAUCCAGAGCAGGAAGAAGGUGGAAAUGAAUUUGAUUUGAAGCUGGUUAUCUUCAUGUUGCCAUUGAAUGAGUUUGCCACAUUUACCUUUUACUCAAGUCUACUAUACAUGCGCACAAAUGUAAGUGAAUUGUGUACUUCAUGUCUUAGGAAUUACAAAUAUUUAAAGUUGUGCAAUAAAAACAGUUUUAAAGGA